AUUCGUCACUCAAGCUUCUAUUGUCUACCAAGUAUUUCCACUAAACUCGCAGGCAAAUAUCAUAAAACUCGCAGCACAUGUAACAAUGGCAGCCGCAAUACCAUCCAUAGCCUGCCUAGGCGUCAUAGGACGAAAUAACAACCCGCUCCACAUAACCAUCUUCCCCUCCUACGACUUCGCGACGAACAAACGCGCCCCGCUGCGCACGCCCCUACAAUUCUCCCUCCUCCUCAGCAGCACGCUCGACGUCUUCGAGGCCCGCCGCCGCGCCAGCAACUCCGCCUCCUCGCAGCCCGGGGCCGGAUCCGCCGCGAGCGCGGCUCCCAUCGUGACGGGCGACUUCGGCCUUCUGCACGCCGUCGACGAGCGCCUCGCCGCGUACGGCUUCGAGACGAACACGGGCGUGAAGUUCGUCGCCGUCGUGGAUAUGCGCGGGCGCUUUGCCGCGAGCUCGGCUGCUGGUUUCGGAUCGGGCGCUGGAGGCGGGUCGGGCGGUGAUCGCACAAUGAGUAUGGGUGUCGGCGCGGGUGUGCGAGGAGGUGUUGGGUUACGGGAACAGGAGCUGAGGGUUGUGUUUCGUGCGAUGCAGACUGCGUAUGUGCGGUUGUUACAGAACCCGUUUUAUGACCCCGAUGAGCAUGCGCCGCUGGUGCCGGCGGGUGGUGGUGGUAGUGGAGGAAAGAGGAUCACGAGCCGUAAGUUUGCGGAGGAGAUGAGGCGGAUUGGAGAAGGCUGGGCGCCUGGGGUCGCGAGCCUGUAGAGAGUGAGCGGGAGGAAAUAACAUGAAGACUGCGUAGAGGUUCAUAGCAGCCUCGGAAGAAGGCAGGCUGAUCGGAGAGACUAGAGGGACUUGAUUUACUAUGCAUACGUAGAUGGCGUCACGGACUAGCAUAGAGCACGGAGUCUAGGUAUUUAUAUCCACGGAAAUGUUAUGUGUAAUUUACAU